GUCGCAGAACUGUCAGAGAAAGUUGGUUUAAGUGAUUAUUAGUUCUGAAAGGGUAAAACUGCAGACAAAUCGGGUCUGAGAUCGGAGUAAGAAAAGCUCAGAUUUGCAAAUGGAAAGAAUACGCCUGUGCAAUUGCUGCCAGGUCGUGGAGUAGACGAAUGGUGACAUCCAUAUGAGGCGAAAUUUCAGUACGCCGCAUGUACCAGAUACAGACUAUCCUCGAUCAAAAACGGAGUUUUCUUACCACCAGGCAAACACCAGAAGUUUCACCUAAUUGGGCGGCCCAACGAUCAAACGGAUUCAUAUUGAACCGCGCGUGAUGGGCGAUGUUAUGGGUGACAUGACUAUUUAAUCCACCUUCUCCCCGUCUUGUAUCUUUGAUCGCAAUCAGCGUACCGGACGCCCCAGAGCCGCAAUUCGUCAUGCCCGCGAUCAAAAGCUUCGACCCGGAGAAAAACAUACCCGAUCUAUCAGGCAAGAUCAUCCUGGUGACGGGAGGGAAUCAAGGUAUCGGAAAGGAAACUGUUCUUGCUCUUGCACAACACGGGCCGAGCCAUCUUUACUUCACGGCGCGCUCGACGGCGAAGGCUGAGCAAACAUUAGCCGAGUUGAAGAAGAGGUCCCCAGACACGCCCGUCACUGUUAUCACAUGCGAUCUUGCCUCCCUCGCGUCCGUGAAGAAGGCCGCACAGGAUUUUCUUUCCAAGUCAAACAGCCUUGACGUGCUGAUCUUGAGCGCUGGCAUCAUGGCCGUCCCCCCGGCGCAGACAGCGGAUGGGUAUGAAAUUCAGAUGGGCACGAAUCACAUCGGACACGCCCUCCUCACAAAGCUCCUCCUCCCGACUCUGGAGCAGAACGCCAAAACGAGGGAUACACGCAUAGUGGUGGUGAGCUCGUCAGCUGCGUUGAUGGCCCGCGGGAUUGAUUACGGAGCGCUUAAGACCGACGGCAAGUCCCGUACCGUCCUGGGCGGCACGCAAAUUCUGUAUUGUGAAUCCAAGCUCGCCAAUGUAUAUUUCGCGCAGCAGCUUGCGGAGCAUUAUUCAGGCAUCACUUCGGUCUCCGUUCAUCCUGGCGUCGUUCGCACGCAUCUGAUCGAAUCACAGUCCACACUCCAGAAAACUGUGAUCAAGCUUUCUGCAUACAUAACACAGAGUGGUGAAAUCCUCACCCCGGCGCAGGGCGCGUAUAAUUCGUUGUGGGCCGCAACUGUGGAGAAGGAAAAGCUGACAAAUGGUGAGUAUUACUAUCCUGUUGGUGUUCCGGGCAGGAAGACGAAAGUUUUAGAAGACAAGGCUGCUUCCAAAAGGUUGUGGGACUGGACAAUGGAGGAGCUGAAGAGCUGGACACUGUGAAGGUUGUGUCGGCCGCUCACAAUUGAACAUAUUGCUUAACAGCAUCAACUACUUUCUGACCUAACGUUUUUUACCACAUGAUUUAGUUCAAGAAUUAAACGUUCCCCAUUAACUCCGCAAUGAAGCUGCCCA